AUGUCUUGCGGCCUUGAAGGGUUUGAAGUGUCAUGCUCAAGUAACAAGACAAUGUUGCAUCUUCCUUUUUACAGCGGUUACUAUGUGGAAGACAUUUCUUAUCUGGACAGAAGUAUAACCAUUACGGAUAUGAAUGACACCACAUGCCGAAUACAGAGUCUUCUCUCUCUUGACCUCACAGACUCCAAAUUCUCCCUCCUUUAUAGUUACUACAAUCAGAUGUACGCUUUGUGGAAUUAUUAUCAUGGUCAUGGUCGUCUAGUUAAAAUUGCAGUGUCUACAGCCACAAGUGUUGGAGGCAUUGUCUUCUUUGCGUUGGUAAUACUUCUUAUUUACAGAUCCAGGAGAUCUGAAAAGGAAAAAGAAACUCAACUGAAAAUAGAGAAGUUCCUCGAAGACUAUAAGACCCUCACCCUGACCAGAUAUACUUACAGUGACCUAAAGAAAAUAACAGGAAAAUUUAAGCACAGGCUAGGCCAAGGAGGUUAUGGAAGUGUCUUCAAAGGAGAACUCGCCAAUGGAAUUCCAGUUGCUGUUAAGAUGUUGGAACAUUCAACAGUAAAUGAAGAAUUUAUCAAUGAAGUUGCUACUAUAGGUAGGAUUCACCAUUUUAACACUGUUCGUCUUUUGGGAUUUUAUUUAGAAGGGGUUCGGCGUGCUCUUAUUUACGAGUUCAUGCCUAAUGGAUCACUUGAGAAGUUCAUAUUCUCAAGUAUAAACAAUUCAAGUCAAUGUCAAUUGAGUUGGGAAAAGUUGCGAGAGAUUGCAAUUGGUGUUGCUUGGGGAGUAGAGUACUUGCACCAAGGAUGCAACCAAAGGAUCCUUCACUUCGACAUCAAGCCUCACAAGAUAUUACUUGACCAUAAUUUUCAGGCAAAGAUUUCAGAUUUUGGGCUGGCCAAACUAUGCUCAAAGGAACAAAGUGUAGUAUCAAUGACAGCUACUCGAGGAACUGCUGGUUAUAUUGCCCCAGAGCUCUUCUCUAGGAACUUUUGAGAGGUUUCUUAUAAGUCUGAUGUUUUUAGCUACAGAAUGGUGUUAUUAGAGAUGGUUGGAUGCCGAAAGAAUAUUGAUCAUUCUAUUGAAAAUCAAAGCCAAAUUUACUUCCCUGAGUGGAUAUAUAAUAAAAUGAGCCAAGGAAACGAGGUUGCUUUAGAAAUUGAGGUAGAUGGAGAUGAGAAAAUUGCCAAGCAGCUUGCAAUUGUGGGACUCUGGUGCAUCCAGUGGAACCCGGCGGAGAGGCCUUCCAUGUCAAUGGUAUUACAAAUGCUAGAAGGUGACUUCAAGAGCUUGGAGAUUCCUCCAAAGCCCUUCGUUUCUUCAGAUGAGGAAAUGGAUGGAAAUUGA